AGCUUUGCAAUAUGGCGGCUGAGGUAGAUGGGCCGCUCAAACGGGUGUUGGUGCCGAUUCUUUUACCUGAGAAAUGCUACGACCAAAUUUUCGUCCAGUGGGACUUGCUUCACGUUCCCUGCCUCAAGAUUCUCCUCAGCAAAUGCCUGGGGCUGGGCAUUGUGGCUGGCUCACUUCUGGUAAAACUGCCCCAAGUGUUUAAAAUCCUGGGAGCCAAGAGUGCUGAAGGGCUGAGUCUCCAGUCGGUAAUGCUGGAGCUGGUGGCACUGACUGGGACCAUGGUCUACAGCAUCACCAACAACUUCCCCUUCAGCUCUUGGGGUGAAGCCCUGUUCCUGAUGCUCCAGACAGUCACCAUCGCCUUCCUGGUCCUGCACUACAGAGGACAGACUGUGAGAGGUGUGGCUUUCCUAGCUUGCCAUGCUGUGCUCCUGCUGAUGCUGCUUUCACCACUGACGCCCCUGGCUCUAGUGACCCUGCUCCAGGCUUCCAACGUGCCUGCUGUUGUGGUGGGAAGGCUGAUCCAGGCAGCCACCAACUACCGCAAUGGGCACACGGGCCAGCUCUCAGCCAUCACAGUCUUUCUGCUCUUUGGGGGCUCCCUGGCCCGCAUCUUCACCUCCAUUCAGGAAACUGGAGACCCUCUCCUGGCUGGAACCUUUGUAGUCUCUUCCCUCUGCAAUGGCCUCAUCGCUGCCCAGCUCCUCUUCUAUUGGAAUGCAAAGCCUCCCCACAAGAAGAAAAAGGAGCAUUAGAGUCCAGCUGGCUACUGGCGUUUCCAUUCCCCACCCAACCUCGGGGUCCUUCCCACAUGAAUCACUUGCUGGUGUGACGUAACCAUUCCCCAUUCUGCAACUUUCGUGGAAAUGCUUGGUUGACCCAGAUCCUUAGAAAGGAUGGGGUAGAGAUUUUCAGGCUAUUUUGCCACUUAAUGUGUGCAGCCCUGAGUAUAUACUGUUGAUUCAGUGAUUUGGCUGAGAUUCUCCCUUUAGCAGAACUCCCAGCUAUUUACUUAUUCUGGGCAAAAGUCUUACCCUGUCCUUCCGUCUUCCCUUCUGACCCUAGAGGACAGAGCCUGAACAGUGGAAGGGACUUGUGGCUGCCGCCCCACCCUGGCCUGGCUCAGACUUCUGGACCCCAGUGCUCAGUGGCGGGUGGAGGAAGGGGGACAGAAAAAUGACUCAGGCAGGGCCCCAGGGUGGGGUGAGGAGGUUCCUGCUCUGGCAGGUCCAGGCGGAAGGGAGUGGAGACUGUGCUGGUUCCUGCUGCAGUAAAGGGGAACAGAGAUGGAACAAUAAAGACCCAGAGACAUGG